AGAACCUGUAAAAGGUAAUAUCAUUAUUCAAAAUUUCAUUUUAGAUUAAUAUGUUUGAAUGUGCAUAUUAAAUUUAGUGAAGUUUGGAUUUGCUUGUUUGGAUUUAUCAUUUAUAAGUUACAUGAUCCCUUCUCAGGAGAAAAAAUGCUUGCUGAAUGUAUGGCAAACACCCCAGAAGGGUUCUCAGACAUCCAAAGCGGCCCGUGCAGGGGUCCAAUGUCUCUUCCUCCGAAAGGCCCUUCUCAAGCUCAAUACUGUGGUCUAAUUCCUACUGACAAACAGGUCAAUGUGCCAAACUCUUGUCCCACAGAUGUUUUAUCUGAGGAACCACCACCUUGGCUUGAGGAUCUCCUAAAUGAGCCAGAGAGUCCGAUUAAUAGAACACAUCGACGUUCUGCAAGUGACUCUUCUGCAUACUUUGCUGUAGAUACUAGUGCGGAUGAGUUGUGGUUGAGGAACGUUAUUGGGGCACUUUCUUAUAGUAACCAAAUGCCCCACAAUUUCAAUAGGAUCCCUCAAGUUUCAUUUAACACCGAGAAGUCAAAUGCUGUGACUGCAAGUAAUAAGCAACAGCAAGAUAAGUUGGGGAAAUCACCCUCAACUUCUACUCAUCCAUCAUUAUUACCAAAUGGCCUCAUAAAUGCCAAGGAAGAUGCUGAUUGUCAGGCCUUAGGUAUGUCUUGUUCACCAGAACCAGAUGUAAUAAAAUCUGUAGGGAAUAAACCUGAAACGGAAAAUUCUUCUGGUGGAGGAGGCGACUGCUCUCACUUGAAACCACCUGCUGCAUUGAAUUCUGAUGCAAAACGUAAACAGCAUAAUGCUCGAAGGUCACGUGUCAGGAAGCUUCAAUAUAUUGCAGAGCUGGAGAGAAAUGCCCAAGUUUUGCAGGCAGCAGGAGCUGAAGUAUCAGCACAGCUAGAAUUCCUCGACCAGCAAAAUCUUAUACUUGGUAUGGAGAAUAGAGCAUUAAAACAACGGUUAGAGAGUUUAUCGCAGGAGCAUUACAUAAAAUCAAUGGAACAGGAAAUCUUAGAUAAAGAACUUGCUAGGCUUCAGUACCUGUACCAGCUCCAACGAAAUUUGAGCCAUAAUCAGCCACGGCCACGACAGAAGCAGAAUCCUGCAGUUCAUCGUCGUGGCAAGAGUUAUAAUGACGUUGAUUCUCAGCUUUCCAAGCUCAGUUUACACCCUCCAAAACCUAUUGCUCCCAGCAACGCGGCCCUUGAGUAAAUGCUCUAGACCCUGAUCUUUUUCAAUAUGUAUAGCUCUUGUGGUUCUACAAACUUAAGUUAAUUAGUUUUAGGUGUAUAGCCCGUGAUCAUUUGCCGGUAUAAAUCAUUGAAGAUCUCCUACAGAACUAAUUUACAGUAAUUCGGAUUCUAAGGGAAGGAGAUCAUAUUCGAGUUAAGUGUUAAUAUAUAUUUACUUGUGUAAUUAUUCUCCUAGUACAUUGUAUUAUUUGAAGGGAUGAUUUAUUAUGUAACUACUGUAUAAAGUA